GUCGGCAGAAAGGGAAACAAUCAUUUAUUCAAUAUGAAACUGUAAAUGUUAAUUGCGUUAUUUGGAAUCAUGAACUUUUGUAGCUAGAUAACUCGUAAGAAAUGGGAGGAAUCUGGCUUACUAGUCAGAAGGUAAAUUUUUAUUUUCUGAGGGGACCGGCGGUCGAGCAAUAAAGUAGAGAAUGAGCACAAGGUCCUGGCCUAGUGGUAAUGCUGCGGCUAGGAUUUUGCAGAUCCGUUCUCACAAAUCAAGAAAAAAUCACGCUAUAUGUCCAAAUUUAAGAGGGUUUCGGUUGGUUUUGUUGUGACCAAGAUAUAAAUGGUAAGAUUUUGACGAAUUUUUAACCUCCGGAGUAUUUAUCGUGUCACAUAUAGUGAUUUUCUGUGUAUCUGUGUCUGCAUGUGUAUGAGAGCUAGCGAGUGUUGAUAGUAUGGUCGUUCAGUACAGUAGCUUGCUGCCUGAAACCUCGGAGCCUUGAUGUUGACGGGAAGCGUUGUCAUUAUUUGUGAUUGUAUCUCAGUUUGUAAUCCACUAUAGCAGACCGAUUUACUAUCCAGUUUUUAAAAUUAUCAACUUUAUUUUGACGGAACAGUGCAGCACAGUGCGUCAAUAAAUAAAAAAAAUUGAGUCUACACGUUAGUGCUCUUAACGUGACCGGCUGGCUGAGAGGUAGCCAUCUAGCUGGCUAGCACGCAUUAGCAAGGAUGGAGAGGGUCCACUUGAAUUAGACACAGGAAUGGUCUACCAGAAAUUCAUUGGAAUGCAGCGGUAAUUACUCCGGAGUUUCUGGUUCCGGACAGUGGUCUCGCUCCAGGCGGAAACCAGAACAGCGCCCAGCUUUUGAGAAAAUACGCCGUCGUGCAAUGCAUCUCUCAACAACUGCCCUGAAAGCUACAUCCUCCUAUGCCUACAAGCAGCAGGACGCCCCCUGUUACAGCCCAUUGAGGAGACUCCAGCACCUGACCUCCAUGGUUUCUGGCCCAGACCUGGGUUUGGCACACCGGGACACACAGGGUCGAGGUGGGUCACACACCCAGAAACCUAUGGGGGUGAAAGACCUUGGGUCCACUCUGGCCCACAUAUCACCACCAUUACCGACCAACAACGAGACUGGCACCUAUUUGCCGAGACAGGAUUCAGAUGUGAAUGGCUUACCCCUGCACCCGCCCAAUUUAUGUCUGGACCGUCCCGGUCAGGUUUCAAAUGGCACCCUGCACUUUGAGUCUACCCUAUUUGAGAAUGGGGAGGAGGAGGAAGAUGAAGAUGAAGAUGGAGAGGUGGAGGAGGACAAAGGACAAGGGAUGGGACUGAAAGGCUUUUUGAAGAAGGAGUGUAAGAUAAAAGAGUCUCCUAGCUGUGCCCCCUGCAGUUCUGGGCUGGAUCUGACAGCUGUUAGAAGGGAUGUUGGUGCCUUUGGGGAGAUGGGAGCUCAGCGGGGUCCUCCAGCACCCAGUGCCUCCAAGGUCACUUUGGACGAGGUGGAAUUCUCAGAUGACUUUUCUGACAGUGACUUUGAGCUGCCCUCACUAGGGUCCAUCGGUGACUCCUCCCAGGGUGUGGCUGAACCCAGCACCCCCACCAAUCCUCCCACCAGCCCACGGAAAAAACCUCUCCCUGAGGUGAAGUUCUCGGUGGGGGAUCUUGUGUGGUCCAAGUUUAACCGCCGACCCUGGUGGCCAUGCCAGGUGAUCGCUGACCCGCGGGACGGAAUGCACACUCGAAUGAAAGAGCCCAGUCGAAGGCCAUGUCGGCAGUACUUUCUGCGGACAUUUGGGGACACGGUGGAGCAGGCAUGGGUCCCUGGCAAGGCCGUCUGCCCUUUUGUAGGAGGCCACGAGUUCGACAACCUCCCUGUCCUACGGAGGAGAGGGAGACAGAAGGACAAAAACUACAGAUAUACGAUAGCAAAACGCUUUUUGGAGGCAUGGAAAGUCAGUGUGAAGGAAGCUGAGGCCUUGCUUCCUGAGACACUGAGCAAGGCACUUCCUGUCACAUCCACCCAGACGAAGAGCUGUGAGCCAAUGGGAGAGGAGCAGGUCUCAGAGUCUUCACCUCUCACCGUGACACCCCUCUCUCCAGCUAGCCUCUUCAAUGGAAAAGCUCUAACCCCAACAGAGCCCCCGCGACCAAAGGAAAGCUGCAUCAAGAAGCCACCAGUUAGGCCCAAAACGCCAAAAACAUCAAAGUCCAAAUCGGCCAGCAGCAAAAUGGCUGGACUAGUCCAGAAAAAGUCACCUUCCAAUCUGAUGCAGAAGGAGCCCAGAGACAGCCCAUACGCUGACAUCGAUUCCGUGCCCAGGAUCUUGUGUCCCAAACCACAGAAGACCUCAGAGGUGGACGCCCUACCCACCCUAUUGCCUCCUGGGAAAGGGGAGAGGCGGAAGGCUUUUGGGGUCGGAGGAGAUGGAGAAGGGAAUGGUCUGGCAUUGCUGGGAGCAGAGCUAGGGUCAUUGGAUGGGCCACUCGUGGGGGACAGGUCAGCAGCAGAUACAGCAGACACCUCGGUAUCUGCAGAUCUCCUUGACAUGUCCAGGAAAGAGGCGGAAGUGCACUCGGCCUGCCUCCCCGCCAGCAGCCGCCUGAUGACCCGAGCUCUGCGCAGCCAGGAGCAGGCAGACCAGCGGGACAGGGUCCUGCGCAGCCGAAUGCGUAGCCGCAACUCCAGCCCCUCGCCCCCGGCCCCUGAAGAGGCCACGGAUGAUCCAGCCCCGACGGAAGAGCUGCCCGGUGCGUCCAAGCCCUCACAAUCCACUGCCAGUCCAGAGCCCAUCCCAGGGACUACAUCUCCCACAAGCCCUUGCUCUUCUUCUCCUUCACCGGUCCUCAAAUAUGCAGAUAUGAAGGCCCACAGGGGCAAUGUUCCUAACGGGCUGCUGAUCAAGCCGGAGGACGAGGCCGGAUGGGGUCCCUCUCACGUGAAGAGGGAGAACGGCGUGCCUGCUGUGCAGGUGAAACGCGAGCACGGACUUUCGGACGCCUCCUCCUACUGCUCCUCCUCGCCUCCCCUCUCCCCCAUGGAGGCCUUCCAGGACCUGAAAGAGAUCACAUUCAGGUCCCUGCAGGAAGAGGACAGCGGCACCUCAGGGAAGCCUGUCACCUUCCGGCCCGACGCCAACUACAAGUUCAGUACCUUCCUGAUGCUGCUGAAGGACGCUCACGACAGCCGGGAGAAGCGAGGCACCCCCCUGUGCCCGGAAGGGGGAGCACGUGGCCCAACCCGGGCUCUCAUGAAGGAGGAGCCCUCCCUUAUACCAUCCUCCACCCCGGCAACAGGCCAGAGGCCCAGACUCUGGACCACCGCAGAUUCCAAGAAGGUUGCAGAACUGAAGCCCAAGCCCAAGAGGGUGAGGCACAGGCCCAAACCGGCCCCCAAAAAGAAGGUCUCCAAAUAUGAGGGGGACCCCGUGUUUUCGCCCUCGAAGUACUCUCGGCCCAAGAGGCCUCGCUCGUCGGAGAGCGGGCGGGGGGGCGCGGGUGGAGUCGUCCCGGCAGAACUGGCGGAGCACGCAUACGGGCGUGGCGGGGUGGACGGGGGGUCGGGAGAGCCCUCACUGGGCGGACUCUUCGACGCCCCCAGCGACGGCAGUGUCCAAGGGAGGGUGGUGGGCGUGGCACCCAAGAAGCGCUGGCUGGAGCAGGGUGGGAUGGAGAUGGAGGGGCGGGGCGGUGGGGUGGAGCCCUACACCGGGGUGCCUUCAGAACAAGGCGGAGUUUCCCAGUCAAAGAUGGAGGCCGGUGAACACUCCCUCCCCCACAUCGCCUCCAUAGGUGGAGACACACCAGCUGCAUAUUCCGAAAAUAAACGGCUCAGAAAGCCAAGUAAAAGACUGAUAGAAUGCACAGAGGAGUAUGACAAGAUCUAUGCCGUGAAGAAAAAGCCGAAGAAACUAUCUGAGGGAUCUGGGACGGAAGCUGAUCCCAACAGUACAGAGCUGAACCCACCGAACUCGCUACCAAACCUGCUACCUGAGAUGCAAACUCCGCCCCCUGAGGAGCAGUCUAAGGCUGCUACUGGACAAGCCCCUACUGUCCUGGAACAGACCCCUCCCCCAGAUGACCAUACCCUGCCUAUUGACACACUAACCCCUCCCCCUGAGGCUCCCUCUCCUGGUACGCAUCACUCUGUGGAAUCUGCGCUCCAGGAUAAGAAGCGACAGAGGAAGCCUACCAAAAAGCUCCUGGAGAGUACUGAGGAGGCAGAGUUUCUCACUAUCCCAACCAAGAAGGAGUGUAGGGUUCCAGACGAGGACUCUGAGAGCCAGGACAGUCAGGAGGUGCAGGAUGAGGUUAAAGAUGCGGUGAAAGAUGUGCCUGAUUCCAGUUCGCCGUGGCAUGCUACGUGUGAAGAUAAACUGGACAACGCAGGCCCAGAAAGGUCCUCUCCCGUGCCCCCCCGGGAUAGCCUUGACGGCGGGGCCAGCUGGGACUCCCUGUGUGGGACGGAGGGCGAUGGCGAGGGCACGCUGGACUCUGAGGGCUUUUGCUCGGGGCGGGAGGACAGCAUGACCGGGGUGAAGGAGCCGUCUCUGGAGGAUGGGCUGGCCCUCAGUAAGAGACCCCCUGGGGAGAAAGGGGGCGCCGCCUCCAUGAAGGAGAACGUGUGCCAGGUGUGUGAGAAGACGGGGGAGCUGCUUCUCUGUGAGGGUCAGUGCUGUGGGGCUUUCCACCUGCAGUGCAUCGGACUGGAACAGACCCCCCAGGGCCGCUUCAUCUGCAACGAGUGCAAAACAGGUGUGCAUACCUGCUUUGUGUGCAAGAAGCCAGGCUCAGACGUGAAGCGCUGCAUGAUCCCAGUGUGCGGAAAGUUCUACCAUGGCGAGUGCAUCGCCAAACACGCCCCCACCGUCGCCCAGGGGCGGGGCUUCCGCUGUUCCCUCCACGUCUGCCUGUCCUGCUACAUCACCAAUCCCACCAACCCCUCCGUCUCCAAAGGUCGGCUGACCCGGUGCGUGCGCUGUCCGGUGGCGUACCACGCUAAUGACUACUGCAUGGCGGCCGGCAGCAUAAUCCUGGCCAACAACAGCUUCCUGUGUCCCAACCACUUCACCCCUCGCCGGGGCUGCCGAAACCACGAGCACAUCAACGUCAGCUGGUGCUUCGUCUGCUCUGAAGGGGGCAGUCUCCUGUGUUGCGAGUCCUGCCCCGCUGCCUUCCACCGUGAGUGUCUGAAUAUCGACAUGCCCGAGGGCAGCUGGUUCUGCAAUGACUGUCGAGCCGGGAAGAAGCCCCACUACAAGGACGUACUAUGGGUCAAAGUGGGCAGAUACAGGUGGUGGCCCGCGGAGGUCACUCUCCCUAAAAACGUGCCCGAGAACAUCAUGCGCAUGAAGCAUGAUGUGGGGGAGUUCCCUGUGCACUUUUUCGGCUCUAAGGACUACCUGUGGACCUAUCAGGCUCGAGUCUUCCCCUACAUGGAGGGAGACGCCAAUAACAAGGAGAAGAUGGGGAAAGGAGCGGACGCCAUUUACAAGAAAGCUCUGCAUGAAGCUGCUGAACGAUUCCAAGAACUGCAGGCAGAGAAAGAAAUGAGGCAACUGCAGGAAGACCGAAGAAACGACAAGAAACCACCUCCGUACAGACACAUAAAGGUGAACCGGCCAAUAGGAAAGGUCCAGAUCAUCACAGCCGACCUAUCGGAGAUCCCGCGCUGCAACUGCAAGGCGUCGGACGAGAAUCCGUGCGGCAUAGACUCGGAGUGCAUCAACCGCAUGCUGAUGUACGAGUGCCACCCGCAGGUGUGUCCGGCGGGCGAGAGGUGCCAGAACCAGUGCUUCACCAAGCGAGAGUACACCCCCGUUGAGAUCUUCAGGACGCUGGCGCGGGGCUGGGGCCUGCGCGGUAUCCACGACAUCAAGAAGGGCGAGUUUGUGAACGAGUAUGUGGGCGAGAUGAUUGAUGAGGAGGAGUGUCGAGCUAGGAUCAAACACGCCCAGGAGAAUGACAUCUGCAACUUCUACAUGCUGACUCUGGACAAGGACCGGAUCAUCGACGCCGGUCCCAAGGGGAACCAGGCCCGGUUCAUGAACCACAGCUGCCAGCCCAACUGCGAGACCCAGAAGUGGACGGUGAACGGGGACACGCGGGUCGGGCUCUUCGCCCUGGUGGACAUCCCUACAGGUGUGGAGCUCACCUUCAAUUACAACCUGGAGUGCCUGGGCAACGGGAAGACCGUGUGCAAGUGUGGCGCCCCCAACUGCAGCGGUUUCCUGGGAGACCGGCCCAAGAACCAGCCCUCCGCAGAAGAUAAACUCCGCAAGCUGAAGAAGAAGGUUCCGCCGAAGAAGAAGAGCAAGCUGGAGGUACAGAGGGAACGGGAGGACGAGUGCUUCAGCUGCGGUGACGGAGGUCAGAUCGUCUCCUGCAAGAAGCCUGGCUGCCCCAAGGUCUACCACGCCGACUGCCUCAACCUGUCCAAGAGACCCGCCGGGCGCUGGGAGUGUCCGUGGCACCAGUGUGACGUGUGCGGGAGAGAGGCGGCCUCCUUCUGCGAAAUGUGCCCCAGCUCCUUCUGCCCGCAGCACCGGGAGGGCAUGCUAUUCAUCUCCAAACUGGACGGCCGUCUGUCCUGCAGCGAGCACGACCCCUGUGGCCCCGACCCCCUGGAGCCCGGAGAGAUCCGCGAGUACGUGCCCCCGGGCCAGGCCCCGCCCAAGCCCGGGGCCCUCCCACAGCUGCCCCCCCUCACCUCCGGAGCUGCCGUCGCCCCCUCUACGACCGGCCCCUCCCAGCCUGUCCCCAAACCCGCCCCACCGCCCCUCUACAUGUCCGACUCCUCCUCCAGCGCCCAGAAGGGCCCCGCCCCCAAGCGCGAGAGCGACGCAGAGGUCGACAAGGACGAGGGGGAGGGGCUUGAAGAAGAGGAAGAGGAGCUGGAUGAAGAGGGGGACGAUUUUGGGGAGGAAGAGGAGGAGGAAGAGGAAUUUGAGGAAGAGGGUGACGCUGAGGGGCACGGCCAAAAUCAGAGGCACAGCGCCGUGUUCGAGGGAAAGAAUCACGGCCCCGCCCUCACCAUGUCCACCCGCCACCUGCAGGCUCCAAACAGCUAA